AUGUUUCCGCAAUCGAGGCUACAGUUUUGUCAACCGGUGACACAUCAACGUGAUGGUUCUCAUUCGAGAAUGAAAACGCCAUUCUACGCGGAUACUUCACUCGUGGAUCCAACACCAGGAAUUUCCAUUGAUUCAUCACAAACUACAAAAGUUAGAUCACAAUCAUGCUUUCUCAAAGAAAACGAAACGGAAGAGGAAGAAGCAUCUUACCUCUGGCGUCUAGGUAUCUGGCCCAAAGGCACUACCACAAAUCCAGAUCACCUUGCGACUAUGUUAAUUGGCUACAAAACGACCUAUGAACUCUCACGAGGUAUCACAAAGAGAAUUGUCAAUUACACACUUGAUCUGUUUCGCGUCAUCAAUAGAGAUGAAGAUUCCGAGAAUCUAGAGUUGAUUUCGACUCGUUCCGAACCAUGCGGAAAAUUUUUUUUUGGUCGUGAUCGAAAUUAUCAUAAUCGAUUUUUGACAUUUGCGAAAUUCGAUGAUAUCUUUGGAAAUUGCGUAAAGAGAAACGAGAGUGACGAAGAAUCGGUUGAUUUGAUUUUAAGAGUUAGAUUCGAACAAGUUUGUCGAGGAAAUAUUGAGAAUGAGAGUAUCAACAAUCAACAUCAUCACAGUUCGUUAAAUAAUAAUAAGAUGCUAUACUCUACCAUAGCUCCACCACAAAAUAAUAGUCAACUGCCGCGUCAAAGUUCCGAUUACUUGGACGACGAAACAUUUUGUGACGUUGAAUUUAUUUUGGAUUGCGGAUUACGUAUAAAAGCACAUCGAUUAGUACUCGGCACUGCUUCUGCAUAUUUCAAGACAUUAUUUACCGGCGGAUUUCUAGAAUCAUCUCUUUCCACGAUUCCAAUCAAAGAUAUCACCUACUCCUCAUUCCAGGCAAUGAUCAAUUACUUGUACACUGGCAAUCUGAAACAAAAUCUCUCGUUCGAAACGCUAUUCGAGAUUCACUCAAAGGCUGACAUGAUGGGCAUUGAUAAUCUCCAGAAAGCUGUGGAGUCACGAUUGAAGUGUCUCGGAAAAAGUAAAGAUUGGGAUCAAGUGUUGAUGUUUGCGUGGCGAAUUGGCAAUGUCACAUUGAAGAGGGUCGCGUUGGAGUAUGUCUCGGACAAUUGGGAGGAGGUAAGAAAGAGUGUAAAUUGGCGAGAUGUGGUGGCUUGUGGGGAGCAGGAGUUGGUUGACGAGGUUUAUUCGGCGAGUUUCUUUGGUGUAAAGUGA